AAGCACUUCCAACGGCAGAAAAAGGAAGAAAAGAAACAAAGCAAAAGCGAAAGAGAGAAAAAAAAAAAGGGGGAAGAGCUAGAAGGGAAUAAAGAGAGGAAUUCGAGGAAGAAGAAGGGUUUUCUCUUAGUGUGAAGAAGCUGGAGCUAGCAAAGAUGAUACAGACUGAGCAGCAGCAAGAGCUGCAGCCUCAGCAGCAAAACCAGUUAAUGGUUCAAAACUCUGGGAGUCUCAGCUUUAGCACCCACUUGUCUAAGGAAGACGAAGAGAUCUCAAGGUCUGCUCUUUCCAAUUUCAGGGCCAAAGAAGAAGAGAUUGAAAGGAAGAAGAUGGAGGUUAGAGAGAAGGUUCAGCUUCAGUUAUGCCGUGUUGAAGAGGAUACAAAACGUUUGGCCCUGAUUCGUGGUGAGCUUGAAGCACUGGCAGAUCCUAUGAGGAAGGAAGUUGCUCUGGUCCGGAAGAAGAUUGAUGUUGUUAACAAAGAAUUGAAGCCACUUGGGCACACCUGCCAGAAAAAGGAAAGGGAGUACAAGGAAGCCCUUGACGCAUUUAACGAAAAGAACAAGGAAAAAGUACAGCUAAUCACAAAAUUGAUGGAGAUUGAACAGCUGGUGAGUGAAAGUGAGAGGUUGAGGAUGAAGAAGCUGGAGGAGCUCAGUAAGAACAUAGAUUCCAUAUGCUGAUAUAGCCUUUAGGGCUGUUUAACUGACUGGGCCAGUGUGAUGUAUUUAAGGUGACUUUGAUAUUUAUAUAUGGUGUUAAUGUUUUUGGGUUUGGUGUAUUGUAUGGUACCUUUGGUUGUUUCAUUAGCAUUUGAUGGACAAUAGCUGAUUUAGAAAGGGAAAUGCCCUAUAAACAGGUUUGUAACUAAACGCAUCCUGACUGCAUUUUCUUCUCAGAUUUCUCUUGAUCAUCUUUUGUACCGUUUCUUUUCAAGUUUUUCUGUAAUUCGAAGUUCGUUUUCAAAACAAACGGAUUUGGAAGGGCCUUAACUUGGAUUCUGUAAAUUAUUCGGUGUUCAUGAAAUUAAUCCACAAUACCCAUUAGCAGUUAUUGAAAUAAGAUCUAUUUGCUGGUUAAAACUGUUGAACUUUGUUUGCAUUUACAGUUAUGGCAGUUACAUGUUAAAAGACUGUCGAUGUUGAAACUAUUGUUAAAACAUUUGUGGUUGAUUUAAACGGUGAUUAUGAAUCAUUGAUUAUGAUGAUUUGUUGAUAUUUUUCUUCCAUGAAGUUUCUUGUGGAUGAAUUCAUCAUAUCCGUUUUAGAAAAUGGUCAAUAUUCAAUAUUCUGGCAGGUUAGUUAACGAUUUUGAACCUCCUAAAUCGUAAGAACAAAUCCAUGAAAGAGAAGUGAUAUCUACUCACGCACAGAGGUACAUGCCUUGUUCCAACCACACAAACAGGAUUGAGUUCUAUCGAUGAUUCAUGGGUGGGCCGUCUCUUUCUUUGUGCAACUAGGAUUCUUUAAUAAUGUACAUUGCAUCAAGGGUUCAAGCCUCUUUUUUCAUCGAUUUGGAAGCGUUAGGGGGGUCGCUGAUGGAGAUAGGAUGCGGCCAUUUGCAGAUUAAACAUAACAUCAUCCCAGUCAUUUUAGAUUCUGUUUAAGGAAGUUCAAGCCGUCAAAUUGGAGUA